AAUUUGCAGGAAAGCUCACUUUGCCACACUCGGUGCGCUAGCAGUCGGCUGGGUGUUACACCAUAUUUCAUUACCCUCUUUUUCCCGUUCGGUUCGGAGUAGAAAAUUCAUCUUUGAAGGAAUUUCCGUACGUCGGUUGUGGAUACGCUGUUGUUUUUUUUCUGCAAAAGUGUGUGUGUGUCUGUGUGUGGGGGCGAGUGGGAGAAUAUUUUCCUCGUGCAAUUUUCGCACGCGGAUCUGUGUCCGAGUGAGCAGAAAUCAGUGAGCGGCUGGAUCGUGAGAUUUUUUUUUCAUUCCAACUUUAACGGGAUAAUGCAGUCCAUUGGCCCCAGAGAUGCGCACAAAGGUGGUGUUGACGGUGUAAAAGUGAAUACGGAAUCACCCACAUCGGAUGUUGGCGACAGCAAGAAGAGUAAUUCAGAGAAGCUCAUCGUACACCUGAUUAUCAGCUUUCGAGAUCUCUGUGUAUUUACGUUGUUCCUACCGCUGGGGACACUGUUUGUGUGCUUCGUCUCAGCCUAUAUCUUCCAACCGGACGAGGUCCAUGAAACGCAUUGUCGGGUUUAUAACGUGAUACCCUCGAUCAGUGCAAUCACGGGGGUCAGUCCACAACGCUACCUAUGGCGCAUUUCGAUUGCACUGCACAUCGGACCGAGGUUCAUCAUUGCAUUCGUGUACAACAACUACUAUCGUACGCUGAUUAACGAACUCAACGAUCCGGUGCGCAUGAAGAAGGCAGGUCGGUUGCUGAAUGUAGUGUACUGUCUAAACUUGGUAGAAAUCAGUGCUCUGUGCGGAGUUACCUAUAUUUCCAACAAAGAAAACUACCCCCUCCACGAGAAGGUAUUCAUCCUGUUUAUGACGUCGUCACUGUCGUACAUGCUGGCAACACUGAAACUGCUCAAGACACUGCAACCGAACGGACCGCAAACGUCCCAGGAAGAUUCUUCUCUGCGCUACAAAAGGGCCUUCUUCGCCCUGUCGAUUGCCUCGACCAUCGGGUUGAUAAUGUUUUUCAUGAAACAUCGCUUUUUCUGCCAUGAUUUAGCCUUCAGUUGGUUCGCACUGUGCGAGUACAUCGUCGCCCUUUCCAAUAUGGGCUUUCACUGUACCACGAUGUUGGACUUUCCGACGGAGGAUUUUAUGAUUGCCAAAAAUGCGAACCGCUACCGGAAGCACCAGGCUUCCAUCAGUUGGAAGCUGGAUUGAGCGAUCGCUCCGGUCAAGCGCGAGUAUGUGUGUGUGUGUGAGCCGUGAUCGUAAGUAGCAACAAGCAACAAAACAACUUGCUAGUGAAUAUUAGUUAAGUAGGAGAUAACGAUGGGGACGACUACGUAGGGAACUUCCACACGACCCACGUCACUCGAUCAAAUCGGGUCUAGGUCUUAGGUCCUUCCGUUGUUCCGUUGCUGCAGACGGAAGGAAUAGGUCUAAUGUAGCAGCAGUUUACCAUCAGAUAUUAGAAGAACAAGAAGAAAAAUCAAAGUAUAUUUUAAGAAAACUCAUCACCAAUAGCAAUUUAUUCAACGGUUAGGUUGACAAUCGUUCGGCGGCGAGAAGGGAUUGGUUAUUUCCAAUGGGUGCAGAACUGUGAUUUUUUCAACAAGAUUUUCAAAUUUGGCGAAGGAAAAUUACAAAAAGAAACUUCUACUAUGGAUAUAUCAUUAGGUUUCAAAUAAUCGUUUCACGUUUUUGUCGUCUCAAAAGCUAACCUCAAUUUUUGACAGUUACCAGCGAACUGUGACGGUAAGGAACUUCAUUAGGUUUUCUAUCGUCACAGCAAACCUCGACAUCGUUGGAACUGAGUUCAGUUCCUUAAGUCAGGUUCGGAAUUCAAGCUCGGAAUUCAGUUUUAAAAUAAACUCGGAAACUGAAUUAUGAAAAAGAGUUCAGCUCAGAAAUUCUUGAACUAAAGUCAUGAACUGAAUUCUUUAUCUGGAUUCUGGGUUUUGCAACUGGAUUAAGAGACAGUCUUGGGCUCUAAAUUUAGUUUCUUAAAUCAGUUCCAGAUUCUGAAUGUCCACAAUUCUGGUUCUGGGUUAGUUAAACAAAUGUUAACAAAAAGUAUCUCUCGGUACUUUUUAAAACCAUUGAAAUAUUCUCAAAGAACUAUGCGAAGUUAAGUCACCAACUGCUUCAUUACAAAUCGGGAAGCGAAGCAGUAAAAGUUUGCAAAAUUAACACAAUCAAUCAACUAUUAGGCGAACGAUAAUUGAUAUUCGGAAGGGUGAAAAAAGCAUAUCAAUUUUAUUCGUAUUCACGUCCUUUCAGUUAUGUCUCUGACAUUACCCACACACCGUUUUUCUUUUUUUUUUUAUAGAGCACAAACCAACUGACGCGCUCGGGAAGAUUCGAACAUUUUUUAUCUUUGUUUGCCCGGGUUGGCGGUUCAGUGCAUCAGCGCACUGGUCUCACAAGCCAGUUGUGGUAUGUUCAAGCCUGGAAAGAUUCUUAGUGUCAGUAGAAUCGUAGUACUACCCAUGUAGUGGUUCUGUACACUAUGAAUCGGCUGUAAUGUCUGUUGAAACAGAAAGGCCAAAUUCCACAGUGAUGAAUGUAAUUCAAAGACAUUGCUUUAUUUUAACUUCGAUCUAAACCGUUCAGAAUUUUACGAUUCAUCGAAAUAGUAAUUCGAAAAACAGCUCUUUUCACAGAUCUACUAGAAAAUUAUUUUCAAUUUCGAACGUAGAGCUUACAAUCAUCACGCAUGUUCAAUGAGAGAAUCCAAUUUUUUUUAUUGUCUCAUUCGUAAAUGAUCGCAUCCAAAACAAACGAAAAGAGAGAGAGACUAAGCAUUUUCGUCUCUUACUACUACAAAAGAGAGUAUUAAUCCCAACGUCACUGGUUUUCCAGCGACAAGACGAAACCAAAAUAACGUCUGCAGGGAGAAGCAGCAGAAUUUCCAUUCUCAUUUGUUCUUUGAUUUAAUGAAAAUCUGUGAAGUUUGGCUAUGAAGAGUAUCUAAAAUAUAAUAAAUCAAAGUAAUUACACCCCAAAACCUCUUUGGAAACCAAAAUUACUGUAGAUACGAGCACCAACAGGAAAAAAAUCAUUGUGUUCAUCGAUUCUCGAAGCAUCGCUUGAAUAUCGACACUGCACAGUAUACGAUUUUCACUGAAAACCGAGAAUGACUGAAAGGGUGAAACCGAGAAUCACUAAAACCGACUGAAACUACCGUUUCUCUUUUGUCGUUAACUGGACAUGGAUCUCGUUCUCAUAAGCGAAGCUGAGAGUGACAUUUUUUUCUCGUCAUUUCCUGCGUCUAUUUUAAGUCAAUGAAAAUGACUUGAAAGUAGUCGAAUUAGAAAGAAAAAAAAACACGCAAAUAAACCUCCGAUAGUUGUUGAAUCUACAAAUAAUUGUAUGAGUUUGAGUGUGAGAUGAGCUUCGUGAGAAACCUACCUUAUAAGGGUGAAUUCUGAGCAGCUGGAAGUUUUAUAUGGGAGAUCUAUAAUAGAACUAAAACUGGAACAAGCGUAUCCCCGUUUUAGUUUUAUUUAUUCGAACAGUAAAAAAAACUGGCAUUCGCAUCCAUUUUUUUUCUAUAUUUGAAGCACUAGUAAAACGUUGCUGGGGCUGCCAGUUUUUCUUUUUAUAAGUUUCAGCUUUACAUUUUAAAACUGGUCUAAAGAAAGUAUUUAAAAACUGUACUAACAAAAUUUAAAUAGAAAUGAGAAAGUUGAUGGUAUAAAACCUAAUUGCAUUUUUUUUUUGUAAAAAUCGACUUUGGGAAUUUAAGACCGCGUAACUUCGGAAAUCCGCGUAGAAAAAAACUUUUUGUCGUGAAUACUUUACUAUUGGCGCCUUUUCAAAAUGUACCCUCUGAGAGAGUGAUAAGUUUUUGAACGUGAAUAUCUCUUGUUGUAUCUAACGAAUGAACAUAAUCGUAGUGAGUUCCACAAUUUGGUCCUUCUGAAAGGCAGGAAUGAAUCCCGUACAGCAUCCUGAUAGUUUCUUUUAAUGAAAUGCAAAUUCAAAUUGAAAAAUUCGACAUUAAAAUUCUGUUUGCGGCUAUUUUUAUAGCCUUUGGGACCGCCCAUUAGUGAAAAAGCUACAAACGAAAUCACGUAAAAAGAAACCUCUUAACAAAACUUGGAUCAGUUUGGAUUCUAUCACCACUGCGAGCAGAUGUAUUGUUUGUAGUUUGCAAAGCUAGUUUCGCUUCCGACAAGAGCGAUUACGUCACAGCUGCCAGUCGUUUGCAUUGGUGAAAAAACAACGAAAAGAGGACAACGGUGGAGAAAAUCACAUAAAAUCAGCCGUUCUGAUGGCUCUAAAAGUUUUCUGAAGAACUAUUAGGAUUUCUUGCUCGCAAAUCGAAGGUAAAUAUCCUCAGUUUAGUGCAAAUCUAUAACGGUUUGAUUAGAUUUGUGCACUUUUCGCUGUGUGAAAUUCACAGUAAUCGAGAUCAAGUGAAGCCUUCUUUGUUUUUGCGAAAAAUGUGAAAAAGAGGAAUGCUUGCAUAAUUCAUACAAUUGAUCAACUAAUUGAUAUUCGGAAGUGUUAAGGAACAUGUCAGUUGUUUUCCUAUUCACGACAUCCAGUUAUGUUUCUGACAUUACCUACCCGCCUUUUUUAUGCCGAAUGUCUUAGAAAUGCAUGAAUCGUCCUGAUCUGGUGUAAUCUCGAAAAAAAAAUUUUUGUAAAGAUCGACUUUGGAAAUUUGAGACUUCCAAAAUCGAAAAAAAAUUGUUUGAUACCGAAUGUCUUAGAAAUGCAUGAAAGAUCUGGUGUAAUCUGAACAUUUUUUUUUUUUGAAAAAAAAUCGAAAAUUUUCUAAGUGUCAAAGAGUUGACUCGAAAACAUGUCGGGAUAACACGAGAUCUCGGAGUUUCAUGCAUUCCUAAGACAAAACAAGAAAACCGGUCAAAAAAAACCGUGUAACUUCGGAAAUCCGUGUAAAAAGAAACCGCAUGAAAAAGAACCGCUUAAAAAAGACCCCAGUGUAUUUAGUUAGGAUUAGGGGAGAACAUUGAUUUCUAAUAAUUAGAAUUUCAAACAAUUUAUUUAAUUGUUCCGCUUGCGAAUAAAUCUUUUUUUUUUGCUUUCGGAAGAUUUGUUGAUUUUACUUGUUGACACUGCACUAAAUAAAUUGGUCUGGACAAUUCUACCACCCAGUAGUUGUUUAAACCUUUAAUUUUCAUGGUUUACGGAAAUUGUUAACACAACCUCAUUUAGCAACAAUAGCUAAAUAAAGUGCAGUAUUAAAGAAAUUAAUGUAAAAUUUUGAUGAAUGGAAAAGUUUUACUUACUCCAUAAGUAUGUUUAAGGAAAUAUUAUCGAGUUGGUAAUAAUUUCCGCAAUUGAUACUCGAUUCCUAAAUUGAUAACAUCAUCGUUCUCUUGGUUCAUAAAGAAAAACAUAGAAGGCACUGAGUUGUUUUGACAUUUGCGUUUGAAAGCAGCCAUCUGACACCGGUAUGUGAGCACCAGCCAUUUGAAAGUACACCGAUUACGUUGAGCUCCUCGCGAUGUCUCUCAAAUGACUCUCAAAUUGUGAAAAUUACUUCCACUUGAUGUCCCAAAACACUAUCUGCUGUAUUUUAGGUAAACCGACAAGCUAUUGUGAGAGAAUCGACCUAAAAUUCUCUAAUUUUCGUGCAAUAAACAAGGUAAACCGUGAAACAAUUGCAUUACUGAUUCCUUAUUUACGUUGCAAGAUUUUGAAGUUCCGAUCUAGUUCUCCACAAGAUGGCGUCGCGACAGGGAGCCGUUUGCAACGUUUGAAAUCAGUUUGAAAUUCGAUCAGAUCUUGCCAGAGAAACCAGAUCUGCAGAUUUCGUACAUAGUGCUGCAGACAUUUUUUGUUGUGCAGACUUUUGAAAAUCGAGUUUUUCGCGGACUUUCGUCAAAAUUUAAAGACUUUUGAAAUUAUCGCUACCUUAAAGUUUUUUUUUUUGCUCGCAAAAUCAGUUUAGCGUAUCAUACUUUAUUCAGAAAUGGGUGCCAGACAUACGUGCUGACUGCAGAUUUUUUUUUCUGAUAUACAGACUUUUCCAACCCUGUCUGAAGAUAUUUGAAAUUUUUACCUGGCAUCUCUGGAUCUUGCCUACACGCUUACUUGUGGCUACCCAAAAUCGAGUCAAAAGUCACUCAAUUUCGCAAAAACUAUACCUACCCAAAAUUGAGUAGAAUAGGUAUUACGCAAUUUUGGGUAAAUACGUUUUUCGCAAAAUUUGAAUAGAAAUUACUCGUUUUUGUUGACACUUGUAAGCGAGUGGAAAUUACUCAUUUUUCGUGUUGGAAUUAGAAUGCCGAAGACGGAGAACGUUUUAAAAUAUAUGUCUACAGCAUUUCUGAUAGAACUGUUUUUUAACACAACAACACCAUCAACAAUGACACAGUAUGAUCCAAUUUUAAACGUUUCAGCAUCACAAACUAGAUGCGGUACUCUAUUUGCAGAUACCAAGUAAUCAGUCAGGUUAUGAAAAAUCAUGUAAUUGAUUGAAUAGCGCCUAGUGGAUUGAGAAUUUCGUCCUAAUAUCUGAGUCCACUGUAUAACCGGAGAAAAUAGUAGCUCCUCUGGAAAAUUCCAAGUCUCCAAUCCGGAUUUGUUGAUUCCUUUUUUUAGACAAACUUGCAAAAAUACAGAGAAAUCCUCGCAGAAGCACUAUGUAGAAAAAAUUAAAAUUAGUUUACAUUUUUUUUUUCAAUGAUUACUGUGAGUAUAUCUAUUUAAAGACGAAAUGGAUUAAAUAACACUGAUAAAAUUUGAAUAUGACGACAUAUAGCUCAUAAUAUUAUAUAUAAGAAUUAGACUAUACAUUAUUUUUAAACCGACUAUUUGCCAUUUCUCAAUUACAAAAGUUAUAUAACAAAUAAUUUCGUACCAUCUUCAACUUCCCUGAAACCAUUUGGCAUCAGGAGUGAGCCUUUAGAAAGAACGGCUGUAAAAUCAGUGUCUUGAAACGGUAGGAUUCAAUCGGUAGAAUGCAUCAUGGAUCUAAAAUAUAUGAAUAAUAGUUGCUAAAUUUUUUUUUAAAGAAAUAAAUGAGAGAGCUCACCAUCUGCCCAUCAAACGAUGUUAGAUGUGGAAGUGCUUGGAUGAUAUCUUUAGUAUUUUUAUCCUUUUUCAGUAGUAACUGGUGUAAUGGGAAGCAAUCCUCCAUACCCUUUUUAAUCGUUGAAUAUGUUUCUAAUGUAGCCAUGAUUGUAGAAAGUUUAACAGCUUUUCCCAAUAUUGAGUUCGGUAUCGAAUCUUCUGUAUUCUCAUGUCCGGCUAUACGGCGGAAUCGUUUCAACUCUGGGGGUGCACUUUUAAUAAUGUUACGCACUCGAUGAAAAAUAUAUCCAGAGUGGGGUCCUUUUUCAUAUCCACUAUGCCACAAGAAGAAAGCAGACUGAAAUAAUCAAACAUAAAAAUAGGAAAAAUCAAUUUCGGAAUCAUAAAACAGAUGAUCGUUUUCAAAAUACAAAAUGCUCAUGUUGUUUUGUAUCCGUAGCCCAAGAUAUUAUACUUUUUGCACUGGUUUAGAUUCUGUGCUUUGAUGACGUAUGGAUCCGGAACAGUUUAUCAUUCCUCGGCAUCAUUUCCGAGCAAUCACGCAUAGGGCAUUGAAAACUGAUUUUUAUUUCACAAUAUAGAAAUGCACUGUAUAAUGUAAAGUAUGUACUUACCAACUAGAGCCUGAUACGACUCACUGUCCACUAGAUCUCUGAUUUUUUCCAUUUUGAGCAACUUUGAAUCUUCAAAAUUUCAAAGCUAAUUCUACUCAGUGAAAGUUUUAUAUUUUACUCAUUUUUUGACAGCUGGUCACAGUUUUCGAAAAUGAGUGCUUUUGUGUAGAUGACUGGUUUGGAAAUUGCUUUUACUUGUGAAACGCAGCAACCGCUGAAUUUUGCCUGGAUUUGUCAAUUUAAUUUUUCAAUGUUUGAUUUCAAAUAUCCAGUGGAACGUACCACCUAAGCCAGUUUGAUCUGAUUACUAAUUCAUACAGCCUAAUAUUCGAUUUUCAAUUCUCAGUCAGACAGCUCUUCCGGUCAAGGUGAUUCGCAUAUCAAAAUUAUUGAAGGGAAGUUAUUUAUAAAGCAAAUACCAAUUUUGGCUCAGUUUCUUAUUUGCUAUUGUGUGGAAUAUAUGGAAUGAGAACGAAUAUUGAUGCUUCAAUAAUAGGACGACUCAGUAGUCAGUUGUACACAAAAAUACCAAUUUGAAGCUAACUGUCAAGCAUUGAAAUCAGAGUUGCCAUUUUACCAAAAAUCUGUAUGCGGCGUCAAACUCUAUCUGCAUCUGGAAAUUGUAACCGGGAUUACAUUUGUUAGACGUUGUUCCGCAUAUCCUCUUAGCAGAUUUCAAUUGUUUAAUUCUAAAGCACCUCAUUGGUUCGGAAAACCAAAGCCCUUCUCGCCCUCGUCGAUCUUCACUCGUGGAAAUAUAAAGUUAAGUUGACAGCAGAGAGAUUUGUUUCCUGUUACCAUAGAUCUAGGAAAAGAAUUCGGCUGGCAAGCACAACUAUGGAACUGUAGAUACCGUAUAAUUUUCGCUCCCUGCUGUACUCUAUAGACAUUCCUCGCGACUGGUUAGUAUUAUUCAUCAUAUUUUAAUAGGUUAGACAACUGUUGACUUGUAGAUGCCUUCCUCUGUAGACACAAAAAAAAAACUGUCGAAAAAUUGUUAAGCUUAGCUGUUUAUUACCUUACGGAGUUUACUAUUUAUUUUAUCUUCCAAUACGAUACGAACAACAAAUCACUCUGCUACAACUGAUACGAAGAGGAGGGCAAGCAACUUAAUUGCCAGUCGAAGCGAAAGUGACAGAUAACGAAGUAACAUACAUAAAAAAAAGUUUUAAGAUAUUAUCUAGUGUUAAUUGCAAGUGUAUAGUCAAAGAUGAGAAUAUAGUAUAGCGGCAAAUACAGCGCUAGCGAAUGAUAGUAAACCACACUAGUCACGAUUGUAUUACUGAUAGAAGUGACAGAAUCAUAGAAAAAAACAUUAGCAUAGCGAAAUAAAACGGUACCUUGAUAGGUUUUAACAUAAAAUAUUAUUUCACCGAAGAGAAUCGCAAUCAUUAAUUGUAACACUAAGUAAACAGUAUAGCUCCUGCAUUUGUUUGUUUUUUUUUCAUGCAAUUCAGGAAAAUCGGUAGCACGGUAGCAUGGUUGCCAGAAACGUUGUCUGACUCGCCGACGCACUUUCAGUGCACUUUCUGAACUAAUUAUUUUUGCGCCGCUUGUGUGCUUUUUUCUCUUUACUGCGAAGUUAGAAAGUACUUCUUGGAAAACAAAAAAAAACCACGAAGGUAUUCCUUAACGCAGUUUAUUUUAAUUAUAAUCAUGAAAAAUGUGAGUAGCACGUAAAAAAACGACCGCGCACGAAUUCCGCCAUCAAUUGUUCUUUCAAGCAAGUCGAACAAUGACAUUCUAGUCAAUUUGCAUGUGUGAUAUUUUGAUUGUAACUGUUGUAGACUUUUUCCCGCUAUCGUACAUUCAAUAAUGCCUCCACUGCUUGUAAAAUUAUUGUUCUUGUUAUCAAAUCUUGACGGAUUUUUGAAUUUCAAAAAUGUUUACUUUCGUGAUAUUUUUUUCACUUUCAUCUCCAGCUUCAUCACAUUAGGCUUCAAUGAUGAUUGACGAAUGAUAUCUAUAUUGAAAAAAAAAUUGAAUACCGAACAAGAGGAUUAACAACUGUAGUAAACUACAUAUCACACCACGAAGCAUACAGAAAGAAAAAAAACUCCGAGCAAACGAAAAUUGAACUUUGAUUUUAUCGAGAAUUUUGGAAAAAAAAAAGUUUGUUGAUCUGUCUUUUGGCUUCGCUCGUGGAAGCGCACAAUAUUUUUUUUCGCAAAUUUACAGAAUUUUUACCUUUCGUACUGUGAUUGAAGCAAAUGUCAUAUGUUUCCAACUCGUACACCAAACGAUCGAUACAAAUCAACACCCACCGUAUCCACCCCAAUUCUGUUGUGUUAUCUAAUUGUACUUCUCAGAGUCUAUAUUUCGUGUUGAUUUCGUAGAACAGGAGAUUGUCUGAUAAUAAAGAUACGAUUUGACAAAUUCACACUGAUCAUGAACCAAAAACCAAACCAAAAACAAAAUUCACUAGCUCCGUAGACAAUUGCACAUGCUGCCAGAAUAUUUGCCACCAGAAGCCGAAAAUUUAUGACAGCUCGAAACAUAAACUACCAAAGAAUAGCCAGAAAUUUCCAGUCAAAUGUUUAGACGGACGACAGACAGUGAUAGAGGUAGGCUAAAAAAACACGAAUGAUGCAUAUACUGAAAAAAAACACUAGAAAACUUCAUUAGGCUUGCUGCUACGCUCGUCAAAAUAAACACAAUAGUCGAUCCAGUAAAUGAAAGUGAUGCGUAAUUAAAUUUAUAGUUUAAAACACAUACGAAACAGUA